GUCGAGCUGAACACAACCAGCAAGAAAAAGGCAUCCAGACAUUAUGGCUUCCAGCACAAUGGUAAGGAUGAAACAUAAUAUUUUAAACACCGUCUGACAAAACAUAUUUAGAAAAAAAAUAUCUAAAACAAAGACCACGAAAAUCCUUUUACUCACAACGUUAGUUUAUAUAAAUUGAUUUUACAAAAUGUUAGCUUCAUCGGUCUACACAAAUACAUUGAAAAUACAUUUAAUUGAACACUUUAUGAUGUUAUUUAUUAAUAAAUGUGAAUAGGAUCGAAACAUUAUAAAAUAAAAUUACACUUUCAAUGAAAAUAUGACAUGCAAAUAACUUCACUUUUGAGCACAGUGUUCGAUAAAAACCGGUAUAUUAUUUAAAUAUCAUAAAAUGAAGAAUAAAUGUUCGAACCAAAUAUUAUAUUUACUAAAAAGACUUGAACAUAUUAUAUUGAGUGGUUUUAAACAAUUUUACAAAAACACUCAGAACAAUUGUAUGCGUUUUUCUUUUUUCAUACUUUUGAUUCGAAUUUUUCAAACGCAAAUAGUUAUUCGGAAGUAAUUUAGCAAUGUAAACAUUAUACAUGAAUUUUCAAUUCUGAACAUACAGAAUGAGUUAUAUUCCCAAUAGUAGGACCAGGAGAGUACAAUAAUUACUAACCGACUGAUAUAAUCAUAUAAGAUACUGUGGCAUUAAUUACUCAAAUAUACCAUUUCAUUUAUUUUUCAAAUACGUACAUCACACUAUUAUUNAUAAACUAUUAAAAUUAAAAUUAUAUUUAUAGAAAUUGACUUAAUAUAUAUAAAUAUAUAAACAUUUUUAACAAGACAUAAUAAUUGUCGAGAAGUAGCUUAUACUAAGUUGACUAAAAUAAAAAACACCAGAAAUUUUUAAUUUAAACGCAUAAUGUAAUUUUACUAAAUAUUCAAAAUGUAUUCGUUUUCCUGAAUAAUUUUAAGAAUAAUUAAUUCUUUAUGACACUUAGAUUAUUGAUACGAUAUUAUAAAUAUUAUAUAUUAUUUUUUCAGAUUCAAGCCGCUAUAAUAGGAUUCCUGGUUAUAUCAACCGCGUUCGCAGACACUAAACUACUAAAGAAAAACAAUAAAAGAUACUCUCUAGAUGUAGAAAAUAUCAAUUUACAAUCUUCGGUCCCAUCUGCAUUUUCAUCUGGCUCUCGAUACUUCGGCCCAUCUACGCCAGCACCCUUCAUAUUUGACAGCUCGUUCUCGAGAACUUCUGCACCGUUCAAAUCUUUUUCAUACAGCUCUACUCCAGCUCCAUUUAUAUUCGGUAAUUCGCUCUCGUCGAGUUCCUUUUCAAGAGGGGCUGUAGCUCAUGCUAUCGAUGGAUCUUCCACACCAGCUCCACUCCUCGACGGAGGAUCCAUUAUUGGAUCAUCCACCGCGGCUCCGCUUCUAGAUGGAUCCUACGUUUCUUCCACCCCAGCAGCUUUAAUUGGGUCAUCUACACCAGCGUCUUUCUUAUCCGGUGCCGCCGUAUCAGAUGCAGGUUUCGCAUAUUCGUCGACGCCAGCGUCAGUUUUGUUAGGAGGAGGAUCGGUCGUUUCAUCUACUCCGGAACCAGUUGUCUUGAACAGAUCACCAGCGUUUGAAACUUCUUACGGUUCUGCGUUUUCUGGAAUUAAUGCCCCGACAUUCGCACAAGGAGCUACGAUUUCCAAAUCUGAAUUGAUAAACAAUGACGCCGCCGCAAUAUCGGUCGCCAGCGCUCCUGCGCCUCAUCACGAAAUCACCAUCUCAAAAGAGGUUCCAGUGCCGUACUACGUCCAAGUGGAAAAGAGAAUUCCGUACCCCGUUUUGGUCCGUGUACCACACCCGUACCCGGUGACAGUAGAAAAGCACGUACCUUAUGCUGUUCGAGUGAAUGUCGAUCGUCCAAUUCAUGUUCCUCAACCAUAUCCGGUAGAAAUCGAGAAGAGAGUGCCAUACCCAGUGGAAAAGCCUGUGCCCUAUGAAGUCAAAGUUCCGGUAGACAGACCGUACCCAGUCCAAGUCCCAGUCGAAAAACUAGUGCCGUACGCGGUCGAAAAGCCCGUUCCAUACCCAGUACGAGUGAACGUCGACAGACCUUACCCUGUCGAAAAACCAGUGCCGUACCCAGUUACCGUAGAAAAGCGAGUACCUUACCCCGUAGAGAAAGCUGUCCCAUAUCCGGUAGAAAAAUUGGUGCCGUACGCAGUCGAAAAACGCGUUCCUUACCCAGUCAAAUACGAAGUACCCGUUAAAGUACCUGUACCAGUUGAAGUUAAGGUUCCGGUAACCGUUGACAGACCGGUGCCUUAUCCAGUAGAAAAAAGCGUCCCGUACCCGGUUCAAGUUCCGGUCGAAGUUAAGGUUCCCGUACCUGUCUCCGCUCCAACUCAACGAUUCGCCACCGUGCACUACUAUCAAGGGUCUCCAGCAGCUUUAGGAUAUGGCUCCUCUCAAGCUCUUAUCGGCAAGUCUGGAUACAAUCAAUUCUUAUCCGGUGCCGGUCCAACGUACGGCAGUUCAUUGUACAGCGCCAAUUCUAGCCCUGCUAGCUUCUACAGUUCUACUCCCGCUUCGGCAAGUUUGUUCGGUUCCUACGCGGGUGCAUUAAGUGGAUACAGCUCAACCGCUAGCCCACUAAACGCGUACAGCUCGACUGCAGCCAGUCCAGCCGGAUUUUUCGAUUCCAAUGUUGCCCAAGAAGGUUUCGUAAGCUCAACAUCAUCGCCUUUCGGUUUCGGUCAGAAUUCGUUCUAUUCUUCAUCAACACCGGCCCCGUUCAAUUCUUAUUCGGCCGACUCGACGUCGGUUGAUGCAUCGUCGUUGAUUGAUUCAAAUAAUUUCAGAUCCGUUGCAUCGCCUUUCGGUCAUGGCCAAAAGUCGUUCUAUUCUUCUUCAACACCCGCCCCGUUCAAUUCUUUUUCGGCCGAUUCAGCCUCGGUUGAUUCAUCGUUAUUGACCGAUUCGGCCAAUUGGGGAUCUUCUGCAGGAGAAACUGUUGCCGCUGAAGAUUCGAGCACUGAACAAUUAAAUAUUGUAAAAAAAUAGAUAUCUAAUCACACGUACUUAUUUGUUAAUACAUUUAUGAAAAAGUAUUUGUCUGUAAACAAUAUUGAUGAAACAUUGUAUUGGCAAUUCUAUAUUAUUUAGAAUUUUAGACUUCAUUCAUAAAAUACUAUUGUAUAACUCAAUUUUUUGAAAUAACCAAAAUAUAAAGAUCAUAUUUUAUGAGUAUAAUUGAUUAUUUGAAUGAAAUCAUUUCAAUUUGUAUUUAAAAG